AUGGGUAAAGCUAAGAAGACUAGAAAGUUUGCUUUAAUGAAGCGUACUAUAAAUACUAAAAAGGAUCAAAGAAUGAAGAGUAAUCGAGAAAAACAAAGUGUAAAAGAAGAUCCAGAGUUAACAAGAAAUAUUCCACAAGUUUCAAGUGCUCUUUUCUUCCAAUAUAACGAAGCUAUUAAACCCCCAUAUCAAGUCUUAAUCGAUACCAAUUUUAUCAAUUUUUCUAUUCAAAAAAAGAUUGAUAUUGUUAGAGGAAUGAUGGAUUGUUUAUUAGCCAAAUGUAACCCACUUAUAACUGAUUGUGUUGUUGCUGAAUUAGAGAAAUUGGGUCCAAAAUUUAGAAUUGCUUUAAAACUAGCAAGAGAUCCUAGAAUAAAAAGAUUAAGCUGUUCACAUAGGGGUACUUAUGCGGAUGAUUGUAUAGUAAACAGAGUCUUACAACAUAAAUGUUAUAUUGUUGCCACUAAUGAUGCGGGUUUGAAACAAAGAGUCAGAAAGAUUCCAGGUAUUCCUUUAAUGAGUGUUGGUGGCCAUUCUUAUGUUGUUGAGAAAUUACCAGACGUCUUUUAA